UGGCCGCAUCCACCCUGCCACCAGCUGUUGGCCGCAUCCACCCUGCCACCAGCCCGCUACCCGCUCCUUAAUUCUCUCUUCUCGCCCUACUCCCAUCCCGUGGCUAGAAGCCAAGAAAUUUGUCUGCCAUGGCGUCGGAGCCGGUGAUCGGGAAGCUCAGCGUCCGCAUUGUCCGAGGCCACAACCUCGUCAUCGCCGACUCGCUCACCCACACCAGCGACCCCUACGUCGUCCUCUGCUACGGCUCCCAGAAGGUGAAGACUAGCGUUCAGAAGAAAAAUGCCAAUCCCUUAUGGAAUGAUGUACUGGUGCUCCCUGUCACAAAUCCUACAAAGCCAGUGAAACUUGAGGUUUUUGAUGAAGACAAAUUCACAGCGGAUGACAGCAUGGGAGUGGCUGAGUUCAAUGUAACUGAUAUCUAUGACGCUGCAAGGCUGGAUCUAAAGCAUGCCUCUGAUGGAACCAGGAUCAAGACGAUCUACCCGGUUGGCACAAACUACCUUGGCAGUGAGAGCCACGUAUCGUGGAAGAAUGGCAAGGUCGUCCAAGACUUGAUUCUGAAGCUGAAGAACGUUGACAGUGGCUCUGUCGUGCUACAGCUGGAAUGGGUUCACGUCCCUGGUGUUACCCUUACUGUGGUUGUGAAGUUCAUGCUUGAAGUUGAACAAAUAAGAGACACCGUUUGUGCUUACACUGAGGUGUAAUUUAAGAAUUCACGGCUUAAAUUCAAAGAUUGGUGGUAAUUAGUUUA